AUGAAAAUUUCUAAAAAUAAAUUUCAUCACUUUUCUAGGAUGGUGAAAAUUUUGGAAAAAAAUGCAAUAAUGAUAAAUUUCGAUUACAUCAGAACCUACUCGACAAUUAAAAAAAGAAUUAGCUAGAUAGACUCAAGUGAUAUUUAAUAAUUGAAUUAAUUAUAGCAUAGCCAUUAUUUAUAGGAAUCAAAUCAUAGUAAUCAAUAAUAAUUGGUAACUCCAAGGGGAAGCAUGCUUUAGGCGAUACAAGAAUUAAAAAUCAAAAACAUUACCGAAUAAAUCAAUCAAUCAUAAUACUAAACAUCAAAUAUUAAAUAAGAAUUUAGAAAGAUUAUAGAAUUAGAAAGAAGAACCAAAACGAUUCAAUCAUCUUUAAAAGAUAACAAAAUAUGCCCUAAAUCAAAUGAAGAAAAAUUUUAUGAAAUUUGCUUGGCUUUCGUGCUAAUAUCUUUCAUCUUUACACUUUGUUAUACAAUUAUCCAUGAAUUAAAGAAUUGA